AUGGCUCCAGCUACGCAAUUUGAACUCUCGCCGCCGCCGGGCGACGCCGUUUCCGCGGUCGCAUUUGCGCCGUCCGACUCCAGCAAACUCCUCGUGUCGUCGUGGGACAAGAAAGUAUACAGCUACAAUGUCGCCAGCGGCGGGUCGGAGGGCAGUCUGACCAACACGUAUGAGCACCGAGCUCCCGUUCUAGAUGUCUGCUUUGGAGCGAAUGAUAAUGAAGCCUUCACGGCAGGCAUGGACUGGACUGUUAGCAGAUUGGACUUGGAAACUGGAGAUAUAACACCCCUGAGUAAACAUGCUGCGCCCGUUCGCCGCGUCGUGUUCAGCAAGGAUCACAAUAUCCUUGUCUCUGCCUCAUGGGAUAGUACUCUCACUUUACACGAUCUCUCCUCCACCAGCGCUCCAAUCCGCAUUCCGCUCCCCGCCAAGCCACACGCUAUAUCCUCCAGUCCAACCAAGAUCGUCGUCGCCAUGACGGGCCGCAUCAUUCACAUCUACGACCUCAACGCCAUCACGAAGCUCUUCGCCUCGGGCGGCACUGAGCUGAAACCUUGGCAAACACGAGAAUCAUCACUUCGAUACCUAACGCGUGCUGUGGCAUGUAUGCCCAAUGACGCAGGGUAUGCGACGUCCAGCAUCGAGGGCCGUGUAGCCGUGGAGUGGUUUGAGGAUACGGCAGAGUCGCAAGCUCGAAAGUAUGCGUUCAAGUGUCAUAGACAACCAGCACCGGACGGUGAUGGUGAUGUUGUCUACCCUGUCAAUGCGCUGACAUUCCACCCUGUUCAUGGGACAUUUGCUUCAGGAGGCGGAGAUGGAACUGUUGCGCUGUGGGAUGCCGAGGCCAAGAGGCGAUUAAAGCAGUAUCAAAAGUUUUCGAAUGGCGUUGCGGCGCUAGCAUUUUCUAAUGAUGGUAAAUACCUAGCUGUUGGAGUGUGUCCUGGGUUCGAGACUGGCCAGGAGGACUACACAGGCGCUGGUGCUACGUCUGUUUUAAUCAGGGAACUUGGUGAGAAUGAAGCAAAGGGCAAAGGUGCAAAGUAA